AUGAACAACCUCUUUGACAUUUCCGCGCAGUCCUCGCGCUUUGCCCAGCGUCACCAGCCGCUCCCCUCUGCACCGCCUACACUUCCCCUGCCUGCGGCCAUUCACGCCGCCGAGACGUCCCUCCCGGACCCGUCCUCGGCGUCGUACCUCGCCGGGUCCCCCUCCUCCACCGUCGCCGCGCACAUUGCCCGCGACAUUGUCCCCGCGCUCACGGGCCAAAACGCCUCUGCGCGCUACUUUGGCUUCAUCACCGGCGGGACGCUCCCGCUCGCCGCCUGGGCCGACAAUGUCGUCUCCGCGCUGGACCAGAACGUCCAGGUGCACCUCCCGACGCAGACCGUCGCGACGGCGCUCGAGGACGCGGCGCUCGAGAUGCUCGCGCGGGUGCUGCGGCUCGACGUGGCAGAGCAUGGCUGGAAGGGCCGGACGUUUACGACGGGCGCGACGGCGAGCAACGUUCUCGGGCUGGCGUGCGGCCGCGAGCACGCCUUGAAUCAGAGGCUCCCUGACGGAGUGACGGUCGGCGACGUGGGACUGUUGGCAGCGGCGGCCAAGGCAGGAGUAACAGAGAUUCAGGUCCUGACGAGCAUGGGUCACAGUUCGCUCAGCAAGGCGGCGAGCGUCGUGGGGCUCGGCCGGUUGUCCGUCAAGGAGCUGCGACUGUCAGAGGAGGAGCCCUGGCGGUUCGAUAUCGAUGCGGCGGAGACGGCGAUGCAGCGGCCCGGCGUGGCGACGAUCCUCGGCAUCAGCGCGGGAGAGGUGAACACGGGCCGCUACGCGCUGCAGGACGUCGAGGAGUGGACGCGGGUGCGGGCGCUGGCGGACAAGUACGGCGCUUGGCUUCACGUGGAUGGAGCGUUUGGCGUCUUUGCGCGUGCGCUGGAGCAGAGCGACGAGUACAAGCUCCUGCACGAGCGCAUCGACGGCAUCCAACUCGCCGACAGCAUCACCAUUGACGGGCAUAAACUUUUGAACGUGCCUUAUGACUGCGGCAUGUUCCUCUGCAAGUCCCCCACCAUCAUGCAAGCCGUCUUCACCAACCCCAACGCCUCGUACCUAUCCUCCUCCGCCGCCGCCACCAUCCCGUCUCCGCUCAACAUUGGCCUCGAAAACUCGCGCCGCUUCCGCGCUCUCCCCGUGUACGCCGUGCUCCUCUCCGAAGGCCGGCCCGGUCUCGCCGCGCUCCUCGGCAACAUGGCGCAGCUGUCCCGCGCCAUUGCCGCGUUCCUGCGUGCCUCGCCGCACUAUGAGCUCCUGCCAGAGAGCAACAGCGCCGAGGGCGAGAUCUUCAUGUCGGUGCUGUUUUGCGCCAAGGACCCGGAGCUGAAUGAGACGCUGGUGGCAAAGAUCAACGAGACUCGGCAAAUGUACGUCAGCGGCACGACGUGGCGGGGUAGCAAGGCGACGAGGAUUGCGGUAAGCAAUUGGCGGGUCGAUGUGGAAAAGGAUGGCAAGGUCGUGAGGGAGAUUUUGACGUGUGUCGCGGAAGGAAGAGAGUUUGAUCUGAGCGGAUGCUGA